UUAUCACUAAAAAAAGACAAUUCUAAAAAAUUUAGAACAGAACAUUAUUUUUAUAAUAUAAUUUUUAGGAAAUAAGUCCUAUAGAAUUUUUGUAUAAUUUUUUGAUUUUUAAUUAUUUGUCCAAGAAAAAAAAAAAAAAAAAAUUGUCCCAUUUGGAGACUCUAGUCCACACUAUGCAAAGAGACAUUUUUCUUUUUCUUUUUAUUUUUUUUGGGACAAAAGGCAUAUAAAAAAAAAAUAAAAAUAGAUAAAUAGCAUUUCAAACAUCAGAAGCCCUCCCUCCCCCAUUUUUGGUCUCUCUCUCGCUCGUCCUUCUCUAUACAUUGCCAAGUCUUCUGCAACAAUGGAAGAAGAGUCCACCUUGAAGCUAAUCCUGGAGAAAGGCCCUCGAGAGGGCGAAACCCUAGAAUUCAAACCCGGAUCUGUUAUUAGGAUCGGCAGAGUCGUCCGUGGCAACACAGUGGCCGUCAAAGACGCUGGAGUAUCCUCUAAACACCUCUCCAUCGAAUUCAUAUCGGGUAAAUGGGUUCUCACGGACCUCGACUCCUCAAACGGCACAGUUCUGAACGACUCUAAGCUCCUUCCGAUGAACCCCUCCGAUCUCAGCUCCGACGACACUAUCAAGUUCGGCGAGUACACUGUAAUCAAGGUCGAAAUCGAACUCGAAGGCCAGUGUCGGUUGCGGCGGAACCCUAGGAGGGGAGCCAAAGCUGGAGAGUUGAAUGCUGUGGUCGCUGUUGCAGAGAGUCGGCGCCGUAAAGGGGGUGCGAAGACGAAUUUGGCUUCUGUGAGUGAAAAUUGUGAGUUAGGGUUAGGGGUUUGUGGAGAACUGGGGAAUGGAGUGGAAGUGGUGGAAAAAAACCGGAAUCAGCCUGGUCGGCCUAGGAGAGCUAGGGUUCUGAAGAACGAGGAACUCGAAAAUGUUGAAGAAAUGAACAAUGUAGGGCAAAUUGAGCCAAAAAAUCAGAAUCAACCCGGUCGGCUGAAGAGAGCUAGGGUUUUGACGAACAAGGAACCUGAAAAAGUCGAAGAAGUGAACAAUGCAGGUCCCAUUGAGCCAAAGAAACAGAAUCGGCCUGGUCGACCAGGGAGAGCUAGGAUUUUGAAGAAUGGGGAACUUGAAAAAGUAGAAGAAGUGAACAAUGUGGGUCCCAUUGAGCCAAAACAGGGGAGACGAGUGAGCUCAAGGAGGACCCAGAGUUCAAUGAAGGAAGAAAACUUGCAUUCUGAUUCCAUGCUUGAAAAAAACUCUGUGAAUUUGGGUUUAGAUGGAAAUAAACGUAGAGAAUUGGAGAGUUCAGCUCCUGCUGAUGAUGUUAAAGGUAAACGGAUGCGAGGGGCUACAAGAAGGAAGAGGAAUUUAGAGGAUGAACCAUUGGAGAGUGUGGAAAAUGUGUUUUUGAAGGAAGUGGUUAUGGAGGGGUUAAAUUUGCAGCCAGAAGGCUGUAAAGAAGUGGAGACUACAGUUGGCGUUAAAGAGAAUUUAGCAAAUGUACUAUCAGAAGGGGUUCAAGUUGAUGUGCCAGAAGAAAAUGAGGGGGUGGAGAAAUUGAAUUUGAGACGAGAAGGUGAUGAAGAAGUGGCAAGUGUAUCUGGUGUCAAAGAGGAUGGUGUUGAGGCCAGGGAUGAACCAGAUUUGGAGAAGAUGACUCUGGGGGAGUGGUUUGAGUACUUAGAGGUUCAUUUGCCGAAGCAGAUACAUGAUAUGACUGAAGAAAUGAUUUCAAAUAUGAGACACAGAGCGGAGCAGUUUCACGAGUUUAUGUUGCAACAGAAGAAUGAGAAAGAUGAGGGUAAAUUACCUAUAGGCUAGAAAAGGACUGUGAGGAGCACUUUGUGUGAGUUAUCUGGUAUGUGUUCAUUAAAUUUGUUUUUCAGAUGUUUAUGUUGUAAAAUCCUUGUAUAAAAUAAUCCUACAGAGUUGAAACUGAUUUUAAUCAACAUUCAGUAUGUUUUCGUAAUCAUCAUCAUUGUUGCAUUGGUUCCGAUCGGAUGAGUUGGUCACUUGAAUUGUUUUCUCCCAUUUGUGAACACCAUAAUAUAAAAUUUGUGGUUUUCUCCAUGUUUGGGAUGGGUCCUAGUCAAUUGGUGACUGCUUUGAUUCCCUGUUGUUUUUGCAACAUUGUCAGUCUAUGUAAUUCUUAUUUUAAGGAUGGAA